ACUCUUACUUCCGACCGACGAAUACCGCGCCAAAGCGGAGGCCCCAAUAUAAGAACCCUAACCACGACAUCGUCCUCUUUCUAUUCUUCUUGCUCUCCAGCUCCCGAAUCUUGACUCUUCCAAUCGACAAUCGCAGUUGUCUUCCCGACGCCAUUGCCCUCAAAGCAAUCAUGAGUUCAGCUGAAACGAAGGGGAGGCUCGCUAGAUAUGUCGAGCGUAGAACAACAUAUACGGAGACGAAAUUGCCAACAAGCUAAUACCAGGAAUUCUUUCUACAAUUUCAGCAUCAAGCCUGAAGGAACCAAAGAAGGCUGCAAUCGGUGGAGACGAAAAAGGGAGAAGAGAGAAGAAGAAAAAGAAGGGGAAGUGGUUUGACUUAGGGUUUUUGGAUCCAUUCCUCUUAUUUGGGAACAAACUCUUCUAAGGAAGCUAGAAUGACGAGAUCAUCGGGUUCUUCGACUACAUCUUCUUCUGAUCAGUUGAGUGAGAUUAUGAGAACUCUUGAGACUAUGUUAAAUGUGAUGCAACAACUUCAACAAGAAAGAAAUUGUGGAGCAAAGACCUCAAAUCAGACUGGAUUGGGAAUAGAACAAUUUAAGAAACUUAGUCCUCCCUGUUUCAGUGGUGAACCUGAUCCAAUGGUGGCAGAACAAUGGAUGAUGCAAAUGGAGAAAAUAUUUGAUGUCUUAAAUUUCUCUGAUCAUCAAAAGGUUUCUUUUGCCACCUUUAUGUUGGAAGGAGAGGCUGAGUACUGGUGGAAAACAAUAAGGAGAAUUUCUGAAAUUAGACAUGAGCAUAUCACUUGGAAGGUAUUUGUAGAAAAGUUUAAUGAAAAGUACUUCUCAGAUUAUAUUAAAGAGCAGAAAGAAUUAGAGUUUUUAAAUCUUGUCCAAGGAAAUUUGACAGUAGCAAAAUAUGAAGCUAAAUUUAUUGAGCUUUCCAGAUUUGCUACUUAUAUAACUGAUGAUGAAUCUAGAAAGGCAAAGAGAUUUGAAAGGGGACUAAAGCCAGCAAUAAGGAGUUGGAUAUCAGUCUUAAAGCUUCAAACAUAUGCUGAUGUGGUAGAAAGAGCUAUGAUAAUCGAAAAAAACAUAGAAGAGAUUCAGGAGAUCAGGGGCAAGAAUGACAAAGAUAAGUUUACUAACAAAAAUAAGAGAGGAAAUGAAUCAAAAAAUGGUAAUAAGAGGAUCAAGACAACUAGAUUUGAGAAAGAGAAGCCAUCACAAAAGACUCAAUCAUGUGUAAAAUGCGGGUUAAAUCAUGAAACAAGUCAGUGUUUUCGAGUGAUUGGAGCUUGUUUUGCCUGUGGGAAGUUGGAUCAUAAAGUAAAAUAUUGUCCUCUAAACGAGAAGAAAGAGCCACUGCCUCCUGCAUCAUCAACCCGUACUAGAGUGUCUGCUAUCGCUGAACAGGAUUUCAAAGCUUCUAAGUCAAUGGUUGGAGAUAAUGGAUACAUCCAGUCCUGCAGUUCUUGUUAAAGCAGAGAUCAUAAAAAUGCCUUGGGAACAGAGAUUUUGAGGUGUGAUUCAAGUGUUCUCAAGCCAUACUGGGUCAAUCAGGGCAAUCCACUUCUGGGCAUCAGCUAACUGUGAAGGACUCUCAGGCCUUUCCUCUUAUCACAUUUAGUGGGGGUCAGUGGUCUUGCUAAUGGCAAUCAAUCAGUUUGUGCCUAUCAUAUGUACUUAUAAAGAAGUCUUUUUUUGUUGAGGCCUUUCCUCUUAUCACAUUUAGUGGGUGUCUGUGGUCUUGCUAAUGGCAAUCAAUCAGUUUGUGCCAUCAUAUGUACUUAUAAAGAAGUCUUUCUUUUGUUGUUUUCUGGUGUAAUGAGUGCUUAUUCGUAGGCAGCUUAUACAAGACAUAAAAGAGUAUUGUUAGUAAAAUAUGUUUUUUGUCUGUGAGAGAAAAAGUGUUGUCAA